UUAUAUUACCGUAAUAAUGGCUAUUCCAUUACAUAUAUUACGUCUAUGAGAUGUCAUGUUGUAGAUACGUUAUAUAUAAUAACAUCACUAAUACAGCCUCUAGGGUCAUUGUAGACGACCUGUGAACCUGCCCUUCGGUCCAACAUUCCUGUUCAAUUUUCCAUGGUUCUUUACUUUGAAAACUAAUCCAUCCGACCGGAAGUCGUAAUGUCCUUGCGCUACUUCAGACUUGUUUCGCUAGCUUAGAACAUUAAACAAACAAACAUGGCUGUGCAAUAUUAUAACCACAUUCUGAUACUACAGAUGUCUACAUCACAUAGACGUUUAAAGAAGAGAUAUGCAACGAUCGAUUAACAGCGAUGUGGAGUAGAAAGCUGCGCAUCAAUAGUUGACUAUUUCUCAAGGUGAGCUAGCUUGGCGAGGCUUUUUCUGGACGUUUUGCAGCUAGCUACCGAUGUAGUUGGCUAAGUUAACUGAACAAUAUGGACCUUGGAACAAUGUUGUACAACAACCUGAAGGAUGUUCCGUGGAGCAACACUUCCCUGCCGUUAGAUCAACUCGUCAGUUCUUACAGAUUGCCUCAAAUUGUGAAGCUGGAUCAAGGCGAGUCAGUGGAAGGACUACGGGACAACGACUACCUCUUACUUCAUUCCUGCCGUCAGUGGACCACCAUAACGGCUCACAGCCUUGAAGAGGGACAUUAUGUUAUUGGCCCUAAAAUAGAGAUCCCAGUUCAUUAUGAAGGUCAGUUUAAGUUGCUGGAGCAGGACCGAGACAUCAGGGAACCGGUGCAGUACUUCAACAGUGUGGAGGAGGUAGCCAAAGCUUUUCCUGAAAGGGUCUACGUGAUGGAAGACAUUACGUUCAACGUUAAGAUGGCGUCGGGGGAGUGCAACGAGGACACGGAGGUGUACAACGUCUCCCUGAGCACGGGGGACGAGCUCACCCUGAUGGGCCAGGCGGAGAUCCUCUACACCAAGACCUCCCGGGAGAAGUCCCGCCUCAACACCAUCUUCAAGAAGAUCGGCAAGCUGCACUCCAUCGGCCGCGUCGGGCGGGGCAAGAUGCCCUGCCUGAUCUGCAUGAACCACCGCACCAACGAGAGCGCCAGCCUGCCCUUCCAGUGCAAGGGGCGCUUCAGCACCUGCAGCCCGCUGGAGCUGCAGAUGCAGGAGGGCGAGCACACCAUCCGCCACAUCGUGGAGAAGACGCGGCUGCCCGUCAACGUGGCGGUGCCCAGCGGGCCGCCGCGCAACCAGCACGACCUGCACCACAUCCGGCAGGGCCACCGCUACAAGCUGGUCAACGUGCAGACCAAGACGGUGGUGGUGUGCUGCGUGCUGCGCAGCAACAAGAUCAUGCCGGUGCACUUCCCGCUGCACGCCGCCGUGCCCCGCUGCGCGCUGCCCGAGGGCCUGCUGCAGGGCGAGCUGUGGCUGGACACCAUGGUGCACCGCUGGUUCACCUUCUGCCAGGAGCAGUUCCACAUCGACGACUACUCGCGGGCCGUGCGCGACGUGCGCACGGACUGGGGCAACGACGAGGGCAAGAGCCCCAAGAGGAGCGGCGGCGGCAGCAGCGCGGGCAGCAUCGGCGGCGGCGGCGGCAGCAACGGGGGCAGUUGCCCCGCCCCCACGCAGCCGCCCGGCUCACUGACGUACGCCCGGGACGAGCUGACGCAGUCGUUCCACCGGCUGUCGGUGUGCGUGUACGGCAACAACCUGCACAGCAACAGCGAGGUCAACCUGCAGGGCUGCGCCAGCCUGUGCGGCGACUGGGCCCUGCUGCCGUCGGACAGCGUCCCCGUGGACCAGGCGGACCAGGCGGACCAGUACUUCACCGAGCUGAUGGAGAGCACCAGCCCGGUGCAGCAGCCGGCGCCGGCGCCGCCACAGCCACAGCCCGCCCCCAAGUCGGAGGUGCCCUACGAGGAGCUGUGGUUGGACCACCUCAAGUCCCGCAUGGCCCAGCCGUCGCUGAGCGAGGGGUCGCGGGGCGGCGGCAACAACAACAACGCCGGCGGCAGCGGGGCGACGGUGGGCCAGUCCUACCAGCCCGCCUGUUCUCUGGGACCAAUCGCCACCUCCGAUUUGUGUCAAUCCCCGCCCCCCGUCCCGCCCAAGUCGGAGGCUGUGAAGGAGGAAUGUCGCCUCCUGAACGCCCCGCCCAUUCCUCCGCGGACCGCAAAGCAGGUGCCGGCGCUGCCCGCCGUGUCCAAGCCCCGGCAGCAGGAGACCCGCUCCCCCAGCCCCACCCUGUCCUACUACUCAUCAGGCCUGCACAACAUCGGCGGGCGUGACAGCGAGGCGAGGGAGGCCUUGGAGCAGGGCCCGGCGUGCUGCCCCUGCAGCUGGGCCGAGGCCGAGGCCGGCGCCGCCUUCACCUGCGGCAGCCUGCCGCUGCAGGGCAUGUCCUCCAGGCUGUCCUGGCCCAACGCCUUCAGCACCGCCGGGACCCGGGCCGGAGAGGGGCCCGCCGGCCGGAGCUACUACAGCUUCCCCCGCAAGAGGUCCCUGGGCGCCCCGAUGACGGCCAGUCUGCUGGACCUCGACGGGCGGGGGACCCCCCUGCGCUCGCGGACGGCUUGCAGCAAGUCCUCCAGCUGCACCUCAGGCACCUGCGGGGACAAGCCCAUGGACGCCUUCACCGCCAAGCAGAGCCUCUCCUGCCCCAUCCUGCCCCCCAGAACCUCCAAAUCAAAGCGGGGGCCCGAGGCGGGCUCGGAGCGCGACCCACGGACCCCACAGCGGCCCCUCAGCCAGGACGAGCAGGGCACGCCGCCGGAGACGUUCGGCGUGGCGUGUUCCCCCACCUCCGGCUGCUGCCUGUCCCCUGCGGCGGCGGCGGCGGCGUGGGAGCCCCCGGCCAGCCUGGCGGGCCUCUCCGUGGAGGAGGUCUCCCGCUCGCUGCGCUUCAUCGGCCUGACGGACGACGUGGUGGCGCUGUUUGGGACGGAGAAGAUCGACGGGAGCCUGCUACUGCAGCUGACGGAGGAGAUUCUGUCGGAGGACUUCAAGCUGAGCAAGCUGCAAGUCAAGAAGCUCAUGCAGUUCAUGAACGGGUGGAGGCCCAAGAUAUAACGCAGCGGUACGAGUCGAGAGCGGGCGGGGUCGAUUGUGUGUCACGCCCCCAGUAUGUACGCUACGCACACCGGCUUAAGUUAAUUUGCCGAGCUUUUGGUGUCGCCUGGGUUCCUGGGAACGGCAGCUAGAGCGGAGCCCCAUCGGUCCAACAGGGGGACCUGCUACAACGGUACCUGAAUCCAACCCGUUGGCACUUUCAUGGAGGCUCUGUGUCUGUUACUUGCUCCUCUGUCCCCGUGGCCCUUCAGCGGUUGCUGUGGAAAAACCGAUGAGUUAAUGGUACUGAACUGACGUGGGGGGAGGAUAAACAAAGACUAGCUUUGUUGGGGCAUUGUCCGAUUUUUGUUCUUAAACGGGAAUACCACUGACGUCAAAGAUUUGUGUGAACCGACAAAGCUUAAUAUAUAUAUUGUAUUACACAGACAGACGGCCCCUUAAUGUUGCACCUUAUGUACACACAAGCGUGUGAUAUGGCUCCUUUAGUGGCGUAACAAGUAUUAAUGGAGAAACUGACAUUUUCCCCCCAACAUGAGGCACACGCAGGUUAGUUUAGCAACCAAGUCCCAGUAUCAUUCGAUACUACUACUUAUAUUAACAGCAGUUUAUUUUUUGCUGGUUUUGGAGCCAUGUGACGACUGGCCAUGAAGUUGCAAAUAAUUGCAAUGAGCUCUGUCACAAGAGCUGGUGCAGUUCCUUUACCUAUCUGACUCAAGCGAUGUCCAUAUAAUGUAAUGUGAAAGUGGUUAAUAAGUCUUUGCAAUAUUACUUUAAAUGGUGUGGUAUUCCACUUUAAGGACUCAUCAGGGUCUCCUUAUGUGAUACCCGUAGCGCAUUGCAAUGUAUUAUUUGUAUUUUAUGCCUUUUUUUAUAUAUAUAUAUAUAUAUAUAUAUAUAUAUAUAUAUAUAUAUAUAUAUAUAUAUAUAUAUAUAUAUAUAUAUAUAUAUAUAUAUAUAUAUUGGGGAGAGUCGGUUGCGUUGAAUUACUUGCUUUUUGCCAAAGUUUCUCCUUUUUAAUGAAGAUUCAAACAUACUCCCGAAUGACAAGGACUGAGGCCUUUCCGACUAACGUAGAUAUGUCCCUGUCCUUAACACUAAUAUGCAAACAAGAGGCAGUGGGCCGUGACGCACGCGUCCUGCAUCAUGCACUUUGCUCAGUUCAACAUGGGGGUCAUUCAAAGGCAGUCAGUGGAGGAGGUUGCUUCAGUGUUCAAAGGAGAGAGUCAAGGUGAACACACACAUGCACUACAUGCUUUAGGUGGAACUGUUAUCCGACUGGGAAAUGAAGCUUUUCUAUGCCUUAACCAACAGACCUUAAAACUACCACAAUGUAAAGGUGUUACCUGGUAUGUCACUUUGGUAACGCGUUUCCCCUCUGACCUGCCAACCUGCCAAAGUACCUCUCCCUUUGGUGCAGUGCUGUUCCUCAAACACAAAGGCUCUGCAUGUGAAUGUGGGGUUGCCCGAUGGAUCUAAUGAUAGUCAACUACUUUCAUGACUAUAUUAAGUUACUAAAACCAUUCAAAUAACGGAAAAAAUAUGCAUAUUGGCCUAAGGCAUUAGCUGCAGAACAGCUGCAGAGAUAAGUCCAUAAACUAGGCAGCUCCUUGUUCUUAUUAAUUUACUCUACAGUCUCUUAUCCACAAUAACCCAAAAUUACACUUUACUAUACAAUAUUUGUACAUUUAUUUUUUGUUAUCCAAUAUCCCAGUUUGCCAAACGUCCUUGGAUUCAGAGUUACUCAUUCCUGUUUACAGUUGGAGAAUUACCAAUUAGAACUUUCCUCUGAUUUAAACUGGCUUAUUCUUUGACAGAUUUUCUUUAAAUCGAUGUUGUGACACAACAGACACUACUGUUAGUUAUCACCUACCAAAGCACCAUUGUUUUGUCAGCAGGUAGAAUGUGAAGGAACAUGCAAGGUGUUUUUGCUGAUGUUUGAUAUUGAAGUUGGCCAAACCUUGUGUAUUUAAAUGGAAACUACACUCUAUAGUCGUUUUUCAAGUUAAACACUGCUAGGUUGAUUUUGGUACUAUGAUGGAAGGAAGGAAAAACAUCCGCAAGUACCAAGAUCAGUUGACACUGCGAAAUUACAAAAUGUCAUGCUAUAAAUCUAAUUUGAACAAUCUACUUUGGAACAUUUAACCCUAAACAUUACCAUUUUCGAGUGUGCUAGCAUUGGAAGGAGCAGAAAACUCAAUUAGGGUGUAGUUUCCGUUUAAUAUCUCUGCAAGGUUUUCCUCUCUGAAUCCAGGCCAGUGUAAAUAAAUGAUGUCUGAGUGGCUGCAGACCCCACUUGGUUGGGCCGUGGUACGUCGUCAGUACUCUACAACUGACCCUCCUCACUUUGCUACUCCCCCUGUUUUAGUUGUAUGAUCUAUUAAAACAGAAAUGAAUGUG